CUUGCCAUAGACUACUCAGCUAGCUAGCAAUACUGAUAAAAAAUGACUAUUACAAAUUUCCUCAAAAUCCAAUCCAAAAGUGAACAACCACCACAAGAAACUCUAAGUGAGGAUCUUGAUGAGUUUUUCACUUCUCUUCCCAAAGAAAAAGGGUGGAGAACACCCAAUCUUUUCCUAUUCCAAAACUUUUGGUGUCAACCCAAAGAAAUCCGAGCCAUAAUUUCGACACAAAAACAUUUUAAAGCUCAAGACAGCGAUCUAAUAGUAGCGUCCAUACCAAAAUCUGGCACUACAUGGCUAAAAGCACUCACUUUCUCCAUUGUAAACCGCAACAAAUUCAACGUCCAACAAAAGAAUAUUAAUCACCCUUUACUCACUCAUAAUCCUCACGAACUUGUCCCAUUUCUUGAAUACAAGCUUUACGCUGAUUUUAAUUCCCUUCCUGAUCUCUCUCUUUUACCUUCUCCACGUCUUGUUGCUACUCACGUCCCUUUUGGGGCAUUACCAAAUUCAGUUAAGACCUCAAAAUGCAAAAUUGUUUACAUUUGUAGGAACCCUUUUGAUACCUUUGUUUCAAUUUGGCAUUACUUUGUCAAAAUUAGACCUGAAUCUUUAGGUCCUUUUACUCUUGAGGAAGCCUUUGAUAUGUAUUGUAGGGGAGUUAUAGGGUUUGGUCCUUAUUGGGAACAUAUGUUGGGGUACUGGAGAGAAAGUUUAGAAAAUCCAAAUAAGGUGUUGUUCUUGAAAUAUGAGGACAUGAAAUUGGAUGUGUGUAAUCAAUUGAAGAGAUUAGCUGAGUUCUUGAGGUUUCCUUUUACAGAUGAGGAAGAAAAGGGAGGAAUAAUAAAAGAUGUGUCAAGUCUUUGUAGUUUUCAGAACUUGAGGGAUUUACAAGUAAAUAAGAAAGGGAAAGGGGCCAUUUCAGAUUUUGAAAAUAGGAAUUUGUUUAGGAAAGGUGAGAUUGGUGAUUGGGUGAAUUAUUUUACACCUUCCAUGUUUGAGAGGCUUUCUAAAGUUAUGGAAGAGAAAUUAGGAGGCUCAGGGCUUACCUUUAGUCUGUUAAGUCAAGAAACUAAGUAGGCAUUUGGAUAUAAAAAUUAUAAUUUUCGACCAAAGUAGUAUUUGAAGUUAAGUUGAACAAUGAUUUUGGAACUUAAAAUUAUGUUUGGACAUGUAUUUCAGUUGAAAAAAAUAUUGUAGUUUUAUGAGUGGAAAAAAAAAUCGAAAAAUUUGAAAUAGUGGUCAACAUCACUUUUUGAUUUUUUUAAAAACCUAUUUUCAAUUAAUCGCCAAAAAUUUACGAAGUUUCAUGGACGUUUUUGAAAGAAUUUUCUGGAAAAAAAAAAAUCUAUGGACAAAUAGCGCCUAAAAGUUUAUGCUACGGAAUAGAAUUCUUCUUCCAAAUGUCCUUAGGGUCAGUUUGAUUAGAUUAUGCAGGGAAUAACAGGGAUUAUAAUCUAGGGAUAGUAUUGCAAUUGAUUAUAAUGCAGGAAUUAGUAUAGAAGUAUUAUUUCUUGGACGAUGUAUAAUUUGAAGGAAAAUUUUGUGGUUUGUUUU